AUGCGAUCCUUCGAGAUAGCGUCCGCGGCCUUAUCGAUACUGGGUCUGCUAUCGCAAUCACAGAUCUCCCAUGCAACUCCAUUCCCACUCGAAUAUGAUCUUGUUCUCGUGAAUCGAGCCUGCGCAAAUACGUGUGGUUACUACGGCCAGCUUUGUUGCACUUCCAGUCAAACCUGCAGCACAAACAGCGAGGGCCAGGCAGUAUGCCUCGACGGGGAGAGUUCUGGCUCAGGAGAGGAAUGGCAAAUGUAUACGACUACCUAUGUAGUGACGGAGACGGACGUGGCGACCAUUACCUCCACAUGGAGUAGUCUCCUUGCCAGUUCUACAGCGGCGCCCGCCACGGGUACUUGCAGGCCAACGCUCGGAGAAACACCUUGCGGAGAAUCCUGCUGCAGUGCAUCCCAGAUGUGUGAAAACAAGGUCUGUGUCGAAGGCGCUUCAUCAGGGUACUGGAGCAGUUGGGCCUCCGCCUCCGCCACGGCAAGUCCUCCUCUUCGACCGACCAGCAGCGGUGAAGCUACCGUGACCCAAACCGGCGCAGCGACGACAACUGAGCCCUUUAUCGCUCCGGUAGGAACUGGUGGAGCGACGCUCACGAGCGCCAGUGCAGGAAACAAGGGCCUCAGUGGAGGCGCUAUCGCAGGAAUUGUCAUCGGAACGAUUGCAGGCGUCAUCUUCCUAUUGGUUCUAUGCGCCUGCCUCUGCUUCAAGGAGGCUCUGGAUGGUCUCAUGGCAUUGUUCGGCCUAGGGGGACGAAGGACAAAGGAGACAACUUAUAUCGAGGAGCGUCACUCGCAUCGUUCCCACGGCAGCAGGCCUGAACGGCGUACCUGGUUCGGCACUCGACCAUCACGGCCAGCUGGUGAGAAGAAGUCGGGUGUUGGUGGACUCGCCACUAUCGGACUGAUUCUCGGUGCACUCGCUCUGUGCCUUGGACUGAAGAGACGCAGAGAUCACGAGGAUGAAAAGAGCGAUUAUACCUAUCCUUCCUCGUACUAUUAUUCAGAUUACUAUACUAGCGCAAGCAGCGAAAGCUCAGAUCGACGGACUAGAGACACGAGGAGAUCACGGAGGUCACGCUCGCGCUCAUAUCGAUAA